AUGGCUUUUCUUCCAUUUUCCAUUGAUGCCAUUCUUAAUUCAGAUUUUACAAUUGCUAGAAGACAAAAUAAGGUUUGGAAAUCCGGAUCAUCAAGUUCAUUUUGGAGUGGCUCUUGGAAUGAUGAAAAACGCAAAUCGUUUGAAUGUCCCGAAUGCGGUAAAGUAUUUAGUGCGCAUUACAAUUUGACAAGGCAUAUGCCGGUACAUACUGGAGCUCGACCAUUUCUUUGCAAAGUUUGUGGUAAAGCUUUUCGACAAGCUUCAACAUUAUGUCGUCAUAAAAUUAUACAUACGGAACAAAAACCUCAUACAUGUGUCACCUGUGGCAAAUGCUUUAAUCGCUCAUCAACUCUCAACACUCAUAUUCGCAUUCAUUUAGGCUAUAAACCAUACAUAUGCGAAUUGUGUGGUAAAGGAUUUCAUCAAAAUGGAAAUUACAAAAAUCAUAAAUUAACGCAUAGCGGUGAAAAACGAUUCAAAUGUAGCAUAUGCAAUAAGGCUUUUCAUCAAACAUACAAUCUAACAUUUCAUAUGCAUACACAUCGAGAACAGAAGCCAUUCGUUUGUCCAAUUUGCGCCAGGGGCUUUUGUCGUAAUUUUGAUCUCAAGAAGCAUAUACGUAAGCUGCAUCAGAUUGCAUCAUCAAAUGAUCAUUAA